AUGGUGGGGUGUGGGAUCUUAGCUUUGGGCCUCCUCCUGCUGAUGCAAGGCUCAGUAGAUGCGAAUGGAAUCCAGGGAUUUUUCUAUCCAUGGAGUUGUGAGGGAGAUGUGUGGGACCGAGAGAGCUGUGGGGGUCAGGCAGCAAUUGAGAACCCCAACCUGUGCCUGCGCUUACGAUGCUGCUACCGGGAUGGUGUGUGCUACCAUCAGCGGCCAGAUGAAAACAUGCGCAGGAAGCACAUGUGGACACUGGGCUGGACCUGUGGCAGCCUGCUCUUCCUGAUUGCUGGUAUCUGCCUCUUCUGGUGGGCCAAGCGCCGAGACAUGCUGCACCUACCAAAAUUUCUACAGGGGAAAUACAGCCUGUCUGGAACAGUCUCCCUACUGUCUAAGGACCGACCAUCAGGCAGCAAGAAGUCAUCUGGGGGUGCCGGGACUGUGACCGAGGGAGCAGAAGCCUCAGGAGGAGGAGGCACUGAGGCAGAAGCUACGGAAGCCGGGGAGGAAACAGAGGGAGGCGAUGAUGAUUAG